AUGGAUGAUAAAAAUAAACCCUUCACCUGCAUCAUUAUCAAGUCCUAUGUUUCUCUUAUUCUUGAUCUAAACGAAUUAAAUUACGAUGCAUGGCGGGAACUCUUUCUCACUCAUUGUCGCGCCUAUGGUGUCCAUGGUUUUCUUGACAGCACAAACAAACCCAAAGACGCAUCAGACACCAAUCGGGACAACCUUGACAAUCUUGUCAUGUCCUGGCUCUAUGGUACAAUGACACAAUUAUUACUCACCAUGAUCCUCAAACCCAAAUCAAUAGCCAACUCUAUCUGGGAAGCCAUUGAAGCCCUUUUCAGACACAAUAAACACUCUAGAGCAAUUGAACUGGACAAUGAGUUGCAUACUCUAGUCCAAGGCGAUCGCUCUAUAACCGAAUACUUCCAGAAAAUCAAAGUUAUUUCCGAUCUCCUAGCCAACAUUGAUGCACCAGUCCCUGAAAAGACACUAGUUUCAUACCUGCUUAAUGGUUUAAACCCGAAGUUUGAAAGUGUUUCCAUGCUCAUCCGUCACAAAGAUCCCCCACUUUCAUUCCUUGAAGCAUGUUGA